AUGUCUUUCCUGCUCAACACUCUCUUGGCGGUGUCGUUGGCCGCCUCUGGCUUCGCCAGUCCGCUCUCUACCAACCCGCACGAGAUCCCGCGCGGCAAUGCGUUCUCGUACGCGCCCCUCGUUGCCGAGCACCACCCGCACGGGUCCGUCAACAGCUCCUAUAUCGUGAUGUUCAAGGACGACAUCGCGCCUGUGCUCAUGGCGAACCACAUGAACUUCCUCCAGGGCGUCCAGGAGGAGCACCCGCUCUCGGGCGACCUCGACGCGGGCCUCCAACAUGUGUACGACGGACACGUCAAGGGCUACGCCGGCAAGUUUAGCGACGACACCGUUCACCGCAUCCGCCAGAUGCCCGAGGUGGACUACAUUGAGCGGGACCAGAUCGUGCGGACGCUCGAGGUUGAGAUCGACGGUACGAGCAUCGAGACGCAGAAGGGUGCCCCUUGGGGUCUUGCACGGAUAAGCCACCGUCCUAAGCUUACAUUCGGCACCUUCACGAAGUACGAGUACGAUCCUCACGGCGGUGAGGGCGUCGAUGUAUACGUCAUCGACACUGGUAUCAACGUCGAGCACGCCGAGUUCGAGGGUCGCGCAAGUUGGGGCAAGACUGUUCCGCAGAACGACGAGGACGUCGACGCGAACGGCCACGGCACGCACUGCGCAGGUACCAUUGCGUCGCGUAAGUACGGUGUCGCGAAGGCCGCCCACGUGGUUGCUGUGAAGGUCCUCGGCAGUAACGGCAGCGGCACGAUGAGCGAUGUCAUGGCUGGUGUCGUGUGGACCGUCGAGCAGGCCUUGGCAAAGGCCAAGGCUGCCGCUGAGGAGUUCAGGAAGACUGGCAAGACAGCCCACAAGGGCUCUGUUGCGAACAUGUCCCUUGGUGGUGGCAAGUCGAAGGCUCUCGACGAUGCCGUCAACCGCGCUGUUGACCGUGGUGUUCACUUCGCGGUAGCGGCUGGCAAUGACAACAAGGAUGCUUGCAACAACUCGCCCGCUGCUGCUGCGAAGGCUGUCACCGUCGGUGCUUCCACUCUGGCCGAUGAGCGCGCCUACUUCUCCAACCACGGCCCGUGCGUCGACAUUUUUGCACCUGGCCUGAACGUCCUCUCGACUUACAUUGGUAGCAAGACCGCCGUUGCGUCGCUCUCUGGUACUUCCAUGGCCUCGCCUCACACCGCUGGUAUACUCGCCUACCUCCUCUCGCUCUAUGGCUCGAAGACCUUCAACCCCGACGUUGAGCCCGAUUUCUCGGUUCUCUUCAAGCAACACUCGGCGCGCUCCUUCGGCUCGGCGUACGUGUUCGCGCACUCUGUGCUCCCGAGCUGGGUCGUUGCCUUCCUGCCGCCUCCGGAGCUCGUCCUCGACGUCGCACCCGUCCCGCCGUCGCCGCCCACCAUCACGCCCACGCAGUUGAAGAUUGCACUGUUCGCGCUCGCAACGGAGGACGCGCUCGACACCCUUCCCUCGGGCACGCCUAACCUCCUGAUCUUCAACAACGCUACUGCGUGA